AUGGUCUUUUACCCACCAUCAUGGGUACCAGACCUGCCCAUCGACCCUCCGGAUUCCAUCAGCGUUGCCGAGUUCAUGAGCUCGGAAGAGUAUGGUCGGUAUCCCAUUGCGAAAACGCGGCAUCCUUACACGUGCGGAUUGACUGGAAAAACGCGUACAUCUGAAGAUGUUAUCCGCAGGGAGGAUUUCCUUGCGCGGGGCAUCGGCAGAGCUCUUCAACUGGACUUGCAAUCCGGUUCGGAAUGGGAUCGCGUCUGCGUGAUAUUCUCUCUCAACACCAUUGACUACAUACCCCUCACGCAUUCAAUUCAUCGUCUGAAUGGCAUCGCCAGCCUGAGCAGCGCAGCCCUAUCGGCAUCGGAGUUAGAGCAUCAGCUCCGCGCCUCACGCGCAAAAGCAAUCUUCACUAGUGUACCUCUCAUUGAAACCGCGCUUAGAGCUACAGAUGCAGUUGGUAUAUCUCGAGAAAAUGUGUUUCUGCUUCCAGUGCCCGGUUACACGAGCAGGCGCGGUUUCAAAACAAUCGACGACCUCAUCCAAGAAGGAGAAAAACUGCCUGCGUUACCGCCGCUGCAAUGGACCAAGGGACAAGGCGCUCGGCAAACAGCCUAUCUACUGUAUUCAAGUGGCACUUCUGGCCUGCCGGUGAGUUCACCACCAACCAACGUGACAAAGGUCGACGGCAUCGACACGCAAGUGAUGCUCGGAGUGUUGCCGUUUAGUCACGUUUUCGGGCUGAUGCUUAUUACUCAUUUGGGUACAUAUCGCGGCGACGAGAUCAUCGUUAUGCCUCGGUUCGAGUUUGAACCCUUCUUGGCUGCGGUCAGUCGUUUCAAGAUACACCAGCUCCCAAUUGUCCCUCCUAUCGUGAUUCAGAUGCUUGACAGGAGAGAGCUAUGUCGCAAGUACGACUUGAGCAGUGUCAGGUUCGUGUAUACAGGUGCUGCGCCACUUGGAGAAGAAACAGUAGACGAUCUAUUAAGCCUUUAUCCGAAGUGGCGCCUUGGUCAAGGCUACGGGAUGACCGAGACAGCGACUGUCUUUAUACAAAGUAGCGAGCAUGACACGCAAGUCGGCACAACGGGAUCAUUACUUCCUGCAGCCAAGGCCAGGAUCGUCGACCCAGACGGUAAAGAGAUUACAGAAUAUGAAAAGCCAGGCGAACUACUAAUCCAGAGUCCGACGGUGUCGCUUGGCUACUUUGACAAUCCGAAGGCCACGGCCGAGACUUUCUUUGAUGAUGUUGAUGGCCGCUGGAUUCGCACGGGUGAUGAGGUGUUGGUUCGAAUGUCUGAGAGCGGCAAUGAGCACUUCGUCGUGGUUGACCGAGUGAAGGAGCUCAUAAAAGUCAAGGGCCAUCAAGUCGCGCCAGCAGAGCUCGAGUCACAUCUUCUCACCCAUCCAGCCGUGAGCGACUGCGCAGUCAUCCAGGUUCCCGAUGCGCGAGCCGGUGAGAUUCCGAAAGCAUUUGUAGUCAAAGCAAACCGUGCAGAACAAUCUGAUGAAGAACUUGCGAGGGAUAUCCAACGCUUUGUGGAGGAGCAUAAAGCUAGGUAUAAGUGGCUGAAGGGCGGCGUUGAGUUCAUUGAUGCGAUACCGAAAAGCCCGACUGGGAAGAUUCUGAGACGGAAGCUGAGGGAUAGAGAGAGGGAGGCUAGAAAAUUGAGAGAAGCAAAGUUGUGA